AAUAUGGGUAGGGGCGGAUUUGGGGUGGGUUCAACCCCAUUAGCAGGCGUACUACGGAAUGUGUGAAACACUUCCUUGCACACCUGGUUCGCGUCACUGAACUGACAAGUUAGCAGUGGCUCUGUUAGGCUAUCUCCAACAGCGUGACCCAAACCCAAAUUGAGGUCUUGAAUAGUGGUUUGGGUACUAGAAAUGCUCUCCAAUGGAGCACCCAAAUAGGCUAGGCAUUUUGGGUCCAAGGUGAGAGGAGAGGCAAAUAUAGGUCUCUCUCUCCUCAACCCAAAUGGGCGCAAGCACUGCGGACGACGGAUAAGGUGGGCCCAUGACUGGAUGACGGGCGACGCUUGCAGGGAGGUGGGAUUUGGGGCUGGGCUGUUGGAGAUGACGAGUUUUGGAUCUUUGUGUGCGCGACCUAUACCUGAGAAUGGGUAUCGCAUUUGUCUUCUGACUGUUGGAGACAGUCUUAGGCAACUGGCCAGAACCGUUUACUCCAUGUCCUCCUUGCACAUCUAGAACACGUACGUGAGACUGUUGCUUCAGGCUCCUUAUUGGAUCGACAGCACACUGGCCGUGAGAGCAGAGACCGCCACGCCACGCGACGCGAGUACCCCAAACGCUUUGGUUUGGCCCGAAUCAAAAGCAUAGCUUGUGUUCACUUGCAGUCUUCACUGCGGAGGUUCCCAAAACAGAGCCGACUGGGUCCCUUCCGUUUACUAGUGCGGCAGACUCUGGCCUUGUUUGAUUGUGUUUAAAGAUUUAGAAUAUGUAAGUCGAGAAAAGAAUUUUGCAUGUAUGAAGUACUAAAUGAAGUUUAUUUGCAAAACCUCUUUGCAGAUGAGUAUAACUUUUGCGACGAAUCUAAUGACGGUAAUUAAUCAAUGAUUGGCUACAGUGAUAAUACAGUAAUCAUUAUCUAAUCACGCGAUCAAAUACCUCAUUAAAUUCGUGAGGGUUCCUAACGCAGAGAUUCUGAAGUUAGUUUUGUCAAGUACUUUUGUUUGACACCUCUAAUUAACGGUGCCUCUGCAAUUGCUGACCACACCGGCACGUUGAACACAACACCUUCUAGCGAGCAUUCGUACAAGUUUUAUAUUCAGAAAAAAGAUUCGUACAGGAAAUACCGAUCCCAUUCAUCCAGAACCAAGACCGAGGACCUUUCCGCCACGGGCGGCAGCCAAUGAAAACCACGCGGGUGUGCAGCGACGGGAGGUAGGCGCCACCACCUGACUUCGCAAUUGGCAUCUUGCGACUUGCGAGGCUCCGGCAACUGGUCACAGUCAACCACGCGCUCCUCACAUCGCUUCGCCGCCAUGUCCACCUUAUAACAAACGGAGGCGGGGUGGUCACCAGACCAAGAAGCUAGGAAAAGUAACCUGUUCGGCCAUGGAUCUCUUGCUAGCUCGCCGCCGGCUGCCGCUUCUCCUCCUCGCCGUCUUGGUCGCCGCCUCCCAUGGCGUCCCUUCCAGCGGGGACGGCGACGGCGGCCGCUACGACCCCUCCAUGUGCUUGCGGCAGAAUUACACUUGCGGCGGCUUCAGCAUCAGCUACCCGUUCUACAUCAGGACGGGGGAUCUGCUGGGGAACACCAGCUCGUACUGCGGCUACCCCGGCCUGGAGAUCCAGUGCGAGGAAGACCAGGCGUUUCUGGAGCUCGAGAGCGGCAAGUACACCGUCACGCACAUCGACUACGACUACGACAACGACAACCUCACAGUCCAGCUCGUCGAUCCCGAGGUCCUCGACUGGAGGAACGGCUGCCCCAGAACCGACCACAACGUGACGCUCCGGAGCUUCGAAUGGCUCUUCUAUCCUAACACCACGAUUCGAUGUCGGGCAGCCGUCGAUCGGGCUGUCCUUCGUGUUCUUGGAGCAAGACGUGCCGUUCCGGAACACGAAUUGGUGGCAGAAGUGCGGAUUAGUAAUCGAAGUGCCCUUGCUCAAAUCUGUUCUCCCUCCUGA